CUUGGAUUCCACCAUAAACCUCACCCUCUAUUCUUACUCAAAUCCGUCCGUACCAUCUUUUUCUCUCUGCAAAACCCUUGUACGCCGUUCGCGGCGCAAAAUUCACCAUCUCCGCUUUUUCCUUCAUUUGGACCUCCUCCCCAACCACGACAAUGGCGGUGAAAGCAGCAUCAUCUUGCUCAUCAUCUGAGUUGACAACUGACGGACCAGUCCUCAGUCUCAUCAACAGACGUCACCGUGCCCUCCGCAAGAAGCUGAAUCAUAUACUCCAGAUGGAAGACUCCCUCUCCCAGGGAAGAACCCUAAACAAGGAUCAAGAAGAAACCCUUAAAUCCAAACCCUUCGUCGUUGCUGGUAUCGACGAGCUUGAAAAGCUCCGUCAGCCCCUCGCCGACGCUGUGGCUCAGGAAAUCUCCAUCGCUUAUCAUAAACUGGAAUCUGAAGCCCCAAUCAAACCAACCCCAGAUGAGGAAACCCGAAAACCUGAGGAGCCGGUAGUGGUGAAGGAAGAGGAGUCGAGUUCUGAGGGCGUUUCUGUAAUUUCUGAUCUGAUGAAUCUGCUAUAUUUUGGGAGCGUGUUUGAUGUGAAGACCCUGAUGAGGGCUCACGAUAAUAUGCUCACGAGGACUCAUGAAAGGCACUGUUGCUUGACUUAUGAUUACGUUACGGAUGAUGAUGCCACGGAUCCCUUGAAAGAGCAGGAUUUGGACCUGAUCUCGAUGCUCGGGGUUAUGUUGCUAUCACGGCCUGUGGACUCCAGCUUGUCCCACAAGAAUGCGCUUCAGAAGUGUGUGGAGCAUGCCAAGCUAUGGCUUGCCAACUCGGAUCAGCCCAUUGAGUCCAACUCCAGUGUCACUUAUUCUGGGUUGAGGGAGAAGUUGAAUAAAAUUAUGGCUUCAGACUACUUCACAACAACGCCAGAAAUGAAAGGUCCCGUUGAAGUUGCAGCAGCUGCUGGGAACUAUACAUCUUUUCAGGUGCCAGUGCAUGGGUCUGUGGUGCCAGUCCAAGUAGAAGGUUUGGCUGCAGCGUAUGAGCAAGAGGAAGUAGAAUCACCCAGUGUACAAGCGCAUGGAAAUGAAGUUUAUGAUGAUCAAUCUGAUCAUGUUGAGGAACAUCAUUUGGGAGUGGAGUCAGAAGCAGGAAACACUGCUGAAAUCAAGCCUGAAAUGGAGCCUCUGAACCCUGAUACAGAAGAGCAAAUUUCUUGGGGCAUCGAGUCAAAGGAUCAGCAUGUUCCUCGACGGUCAUAUCAGAAUUAUAGAGGUGGACGACGUGGGAAUGGGGGUGGCCAUAGAGGAGGAUAUCCUAAUGGUCGUGGAGGUCGAGGCAGCGGAAGGGGAGGCUAUCAGAAUGGCCGCAGCCAAUUUCAUGACCAGCCGGGCAAUUAUUACCACCGAAACAAUCAUUUCAGAGGAAGGGGUGGCCGGGGUUUUAGUGGGAAUUUCGGUUACCAUGCCGGUGAAGCUGCACAUGUUAAAGCAGAUUCAUAAACCUUGUAAUCCAUUCCCCUACUUUUGAUAUGUGAAGUGUUGGACUGGAUUGGAUAUUAGAUUAGACAGAUUUUAGCUUCUUUUUACUCUUUAAUGCUAUCGAUUAUGGUCCAGUCUUCUUUACUAAACGAGUCGUUUACUUGUUAUAGGUUUCCUUCUGUAGCUUUUUUGGUGGGUGGAUCAAAACUUUUUGAGUGCAGGUGUAUGCGUCGUACUCGAUUUGUCUUGGUAGAAACGAAAUAGCGGUAUCUUCUUGAA